AUGGUCGAGACGGGAAGGGCCAAAGCUGCAAGGCUCGCCCGGAAUGUGGCGGAACGCAAGACCGAAGCUCAAUCACAGUAUUCACUUCUCCUCCGCCUACCUGCAGAGAUCAGACUGAUGAUCUACAAGGAGGCGUGGACAACCGUCAGGCCUUUUGAGUAUGACAUGGAAGCUCAGCGCGAGGGAAAACCAGUUGGCGACUAUAUAAAGCUGAUUCAUGCUUUAAUCUCCGUUUGCCGACUCGUACGACACGAGGUUCUCCCCGAAUAUUUUGCUCGGACGCAGGCCCACGUUCUCUACGCCGACGGCAUCUACCGCUGCGGGGGGGAUGUGCGAGUCCUUGCCGCCAUGCGAGACAUGAAGCAAUCCAGACUCUUCACGGAGCAUCUCAAGCACGUGCGCUUGCACUGGCUGACCGAAAGUACCUGGCGUACCUGGCUGAACUGGCUCAUCUGGUGGGACAUGGGCGAUCCCGACGCUAAAGAGCGGGAGGAAGCCCGGCUCGCCAUGUCUGAGCAGGAAGAAAGAGCACUGCGCCAAGUGGAUACCUUGGCGUGGCUCGCUGGUUUGAAAAGCCUGCAGACGUUGGAGAUUGCCUUCAUUGACACCAGAUGCCGGAUGGGUAACGAUCCUGCCGUAUACUUUGGCCCCGACAGUGUGGCAUGGCGAGAGCUGCUGAAACUGCCCAAACUAGACCGUAUCUCCUUCCUGGUUUACUGCAGACGCCCGUAUGAAUGGAAGGGCUCGGGAAGGUCUGUGGGCCGUAAGGAGAUACUUGAGGAGGGUCUCUUGAAGGAUCCUGCUGCAAAUCAUUACGCGUCUCCCAAAAUUUUCUCCUUCCCUGCCGAGUCCAGGCUCCAAAUCUACCGCGAAGCAUGGACCGUCAAUGAGGAGGACUAUUGGAUCAACAGGGGCUUUCCGGCUUUGUUCAAAUGCGCCGACUACUUCAAGGCUCAGCAAAAAGCACUCCUCAAACUGCAAUUGCUGUCCCGCCGUAUCUGA